AUGAUGAUGAUGUCGCUCAACGGCAAGCAGCCCUUCGGCAUGGCCCACGCCGGCGGCGGCGGCAGCCUGCACGAGCCCAAGUACUCGGCCCUGCACUCCGCCUCGCCCGGCACCUCCGCGGCCGCCGCGCCCCCGGCCAGCUCGCCCAGCAGCACCAGCGCCGGCAGCGGCGCCGGCGGCCGGAGCAGCGCCCCGAGCAGCAGCAGCAGCGCCAGCAGCAGCACCAGCACCUCCGAGGCCCUGCGCCGCGCCUGCCUGCCCGCCCCGCCGAGCAACAUAUUCGGCGGUCUGGACGAGAGCCUGCUGGCCCGCGCUGAAGCCCUGGCGGCAGUGGACAUCGUCUCGCCUGGCAAGAGCCACCACCACCACCCGCCGCACCACAGCCCCUUCAAGCCGGACGCCACCUACCACACCAUGAACACCAUCCCUUGCACCUCGGCUGCCUCCUCGUCCUCGGUGCCCAUCUCGCACCCUUCCGCCCUCUCCGGCACCCACCACCACCACCACCACCACCAUCACCACCACCAGCCUCACCAGGCGCUGGAAGGGGAGCUCUUGGAACACAUCACGCCCGGGCUGGCGCUGGGGGCCAUGACGGGCCCGGACGGCUCAGUGGUCUCCACGCCGGGCCACGCUCCCCACAUGGCCAGCAUGAACCCUAUGCACCAGGCGGCUCUCAGCAUGGCCCACGCCCACGGGCUGCCUUCGCACAUGGGCUGCAUGAGCGAUGUGGACGCGGACCCGCGGGACUUGGAAGCCUUCGCUGAGCGGUUCAAGCAGAGAAGGAUCAAGCUAGGGGUGACCCAAGCGGACGUGGGAUCCGCGCUGGCCAACCUCAAGAUCCCCGGGGUGGGGUCCCUAAGCCAAAGCACGAUCUGUAGAUUUGAAUCGCUCACUUUGUCCCACAACAAUAUGAUCGCCCUCAAACCCAUCUUGCAAGCAUGGCUGGAAGAGGCAGAGAAAUCACACCGGGAGAAGCUCACCAAACCAGAGCUCUUCAAUGGGGCUGAGAAGAAAAGGAAACGCACCUCCAUCGCAGCUCCCGAAAAGAGGUCCUUGGAAGCCUAUUUCGCCAUUCAGCCACGUCCUUCCUCUGAAAAAAUAGCGGCUAUCGCUGAGAAACUGGACCUCAAGAAGAAUGUGGUCCGGGUCUGGUUCUGUAACCAGAGACAGAAACAGAAACGGAUGAAAUAUUCCGCUGGGAUUUAA